UGUGGUAUUUCUCGACGAAUCAGUGAUUACGUUUAUUGUUUCGUGUUCGCUAAGCAUGCUUCUACCAGAAAGCAAGAAAUAUUUAUAUAAUGUAUGUGCCAUAAUUUCAUUGAUAACAUUAAUAUCGUUAAUCAGUGUUUACAAGAGUCCACCAGCGAGGCGGGCAACAGGUGGGUCAGCACUCCCAGGCCACGCCAGCUGCCGCUCCCUCUUCACCAUCACUCGGGCCCCAGACAACGACACAAUGGCCGCUGCUCACUCGCUGCAACAUUCUGGACAAAACACUCACGAUAAUGAGACCUCUAAAAGUUACACAUGGAGGCCGCCACACUCACACACCAACCUGUGGCACGUACAUAUGUCUGAGGCUAUCAGAAGGGUGCAAGAUCUUCUACAGAAGAGGUCAACGCCGUCCGGAGCUUCAUCAGAGGAUUACCGUCGUCUUGGGAAGCUUCUGCCAACACUCUUGUCCUUCCAAGGCAAUAUUAACACUGGCCAUGAUCACAACCAGAGGGAGAAAAUUGAAAAAGUCAAUCUUCGGUUCUACAGCAGGAUUAGUGCCACCGGCGGAGUGCUGCCACAUGUUCCUUGCGCUAUAGCACCCUUUGACGACCCGGCCACCGUCACCGCCUGUCUCAGGGAGAGACUGGACAGGAAGGACUCUCUUUGGAUCGCUUUUUAUGGUGACUCCAAAGUCAGGGAGUUAUUUUAUGAGUUACUCUUAAAGACUAACGGGGAGUAUAAUUUCACUAUUCACUUUCAAAACAGAACUGAGGCUUGGGAUGCUGUGAAGGAGAGAUCUAUGCAGGUCAAGAUGCACGAGGAUAUGGUCGCCACCACUCAACUAGAACAGCGCAUGCGCAUCACCUACAGCUUCAGGUCUUUCAGUGACUUGCCAGUCGACUUUAAUACCACCAAGGAGUUGCUGGAGCUAAGAGGGUGGGCCUCAGGAGAGCAGCAGCCGCCUCAGCUGCUCAUUGUAGGUUACACCUCGUGGAUGAUGCAGAGAAUGAUGUGGCUGUACCCUUACGACGUCCUCAGCUUCCUCAUGCAGAUGCACCAGCAGGUGGCGCCUCUUCUGGAGCAGAUCUCGGAGAGAACACGGGUGUUGCUACUUGCACAGAGUCGCUUCAGGCCGCACGCUACAUGGAUCCUCUUUAACAUGAGAACAGCAUUCAGCGACGCUGUAGCUGACUGGAGCGAGAUGGUGCUCUUGUAUUACCUGCAGCAACACAGAGUGCAGCAACUUUCUAGUCCAACGCCUCGCGCAUUCCCGGCUCACCCAGCACCUGCCACUUGGUCCCAGGAGGAAGACGGAGCCAGCGACGGCCCAGCUCCCAGACCACAAUUGGAAGUUAGUCGGGACUAUCUAGAGCCCAAAGAGACCGGUGGUGGAGUCUGGUGGUGGGAUACAGGUGUGCCGCUCAACAUGGCCGAGAUCAGCGAGUGUGAGGAACUUUACCGUCGUGGGCUGGUGUCACAUCCCUUGUAUAACAGUCCAUAUUUCCGGUGUUCUGACUCUCAGCAUGCAGGUAGAGCCUCGUUAGCCGACCAGAUCACAAUGCUGCUCAACCUCAUGUGCAACUCUGUGGACGGGGCCGACGAUGGGGUGUGUUGCCAUUGAUCUAUAACUGAUA